CUUUUCCCACAAAGAAGAAAAGCAUAUAAAGGGUCUCGAUGGGUGACUUACAUUCCGUGUGUUGUACAUGUGUAGCAUUGCCGAUCGCCUUCAUUCUUUGUCGGACCAGUCGUGUUCACAUGCAGAAUAAUGUCAGUUGUUUCUCAUUUAUUCACACCGAUACCAAUAGUCUCAUGACGUUAGAGGAUACCUGUUUUGAAAUCAUCAAUAACACAACAAACACUAUGUAUACAGGUAUAUUCCUAUCCGUGGGGAAGUCUUCAUGCAAAUAUCACGACAUACAAUUGGAAGAAAUGAAAAAGUAUAUUGUUCAGGAUUCUCACCAUCGGCCAUUGUGUAGAACAGUGAUGACAAUGUCCAUCGAUACAACACAAUGCACAGAAACCAUUGCAAGAAUACAACAUUUCUGCAAAGAACCAAAAUCAAUUUAUUUUCAAGAUUGUUUUCCUGUCAACUGUCCAAGUACCAAUAAGAACAAAAUGAAUGAGAGUGAAGCGAUAGUUAUGUCCGGAUUUCCCAAACCAAAGAUGGGCAAUAUUGGACACGGUGUUUACGAAAUUCCCGCAUCUCAUUGCAACAUGAAACAAUGUAAACUAAACAACUGCUCUACUGCCGAAAUAAAGAAAUGGAUUCCAAAGAAUGGUACUGGUCAGUGAAUAUUAGCAUACAUUUUUUUUAAGUGGUCGUAAAGGUUGGAAAUACAUUUUAAGCGUUUUAUAAGCCUUGCCCUUAGGAACUUAGCCAUGGGAGUAGGGCUACAUCUACCUAUCAAAAUAUUUUUAAAAAUUGACACUUUAACUACUAAAUUAGAUAUAAAACAGUUGACGUGGUAUUUUUUAAAAAGGAAAUUAAGUGAAAUGACAUUAUUUUGAAAAAUAAAAUCCCAGCAUAUAAAUACGUAUUGUCAUUAAAGUUUGACUUCUAUCGAAUAGUAUAAUGAACCACAUCUAGUCAGGAAAUCUACAAAUAAGGGCACUUUCAUCUGCAUGCAACAAAAUCAACAGAGCCACAAGAGAGGCUAUCCUUUGUGAUUGAUAUACCGCUAUACCAUCCAGUGCCUUCAAUUUCCGGUAUAAACAGUUAUGAGUUUUUGACCUUUCUUGAAUGAUGUGAUAAUUACAAGGAUGACUAAUUUGUUCUAUUAUUAAUCAAAAGGGGUUAUAUGGCUUUGUGAUUCUUUUAAUCGGUAUUGACAGUUUUCCUAGAACGUAACAAACUCAUUUAAGAUACCAUGUCAUUGCUAUAAAUAACUUUAUUGAAAGUAUGCCAAUUAGAAAUAUAACAUCUCUCUUUUACUCUAGUAACACUCCCUUUUAAAUUACCAAUAAAAAAUUAUUAAUGAAAUUCGCGGAGGAGAUAUAGAUAAUUUUUUAACUUUAUCUUGUCAGUAUCUCAAGUUACUGCUUACCUUUGUUCUCAAUUUGAUCUUUCUUGUCAAUGUAAAUAGUACACGUUAUUUUUUAGGGGGAACUAAGUACCGGAUUUCCUCAAAAAUAUGUAACACUGUAUACUGCUUGUAACAGGGAUCUGAUAUUGGAAAUACUUACGGACAUUUGUAUUUCGCUGCAAGUGUUAUGCUCUCUGAAAUUCACAGUUGCUUGUUAGGAUAUUGAUAGAAUUGAUUCUUAAUUCUCUUUUACUUAGUAGUAUCAAGUAUAAAUAACACAGAACCAUCAAGACGUGUACACUUUUCGCUAUUGGAAGUGCGGGUGGGGGACUGUUGGUUGGAAUUUUAUCCACAUCCAUUACAUGCCUCUUUGUGAAGAAGUGUAAAGGACACUACAGAAAUGUGGACGAUGUAUCCAUUUCCACUCAAAAUGUGAUAUACAAUUAAGAGCAUUGAUGUUUUGCAAUUGUGCUGUUAAUUUACAACGUUAUAUAAAUGUUCACGAUAUAAAAUAUCGACAGAUUCGCGCAUGAGCAAGUCUUUAUGCCUGUAAACCGUAUGGUUUUGUGUUGAUAAACUGAACUGAACCUAACUUAAUAUACCAGCGUAUCAGGCACGUAGAACCAGGGUGCUGACCCUUCACUUUUUUGACAUCUUUCGUUUCUUUUAUUUUUCAUAUGCAAAGUAAGUUAUUUUCACAUGUGAAAUAAGAUUAAUUGGCGGAUUGGCCCCCAUCCCAUUCCUUUAGUGGUAGCACAUAAUGGUAAGCAUGUAUUAAGGAAUGAACUGAAGGACGAACGGAGCCCCCAACCUCCAGUGUAGGAGUAUGAAGUUUGGACAAAAAAAAAGCAUUUUUAGGUUCCUUGUCUGCCUGUCAACAAUUGUAGCAGACAAUUUUCCGACUGUCCAUACACUUUGAUUGAUCGAUUGAUUGAAUAUUGUUUAACGUCCCUUUCGAGACAUUACACUCAUAUGGAGACAUCACCACUGCCGGUGAUGGGCUGUAAAAUUUCGGCCUAUGCUCGGCGCCUAUGGCCAUUGAGCAGGGGGAUCUUUAUCGUGUCACACCUGCUGUGACACGGGACCUCGGUUUUUGCGGUCUCAUCCGAAGGACCGCCCCAUUUAGUCGCCUCUUACGACAAGCAAGGGAUACUGAGGACCUACUCUAACCCGGAUCCCUUCGGGAUCCCUACACUUUGAAAACCAAUGCUACGUGUUUGCGUACUAUUCUAAAUCUUUCCAAAAUAAUCACUCAGCAAUUUGAAUAAAAUUGUUUUAGAAAUUGGCAGUCGCCAUGUAUAAAUUGAAUGGUGACCGCCAGAUAAUUCAAGUUGCAGCCGCCACAUGAAUGAAGUUGAGACGGCCAGUUAAAUGAAUAUUCUAUACCCUGGUGUCUAUCGGCUUCCGUAUAUAACAUUGGAAUACUUAUAUUAAUUCAACAUUUGGCGUUUUGGAAAAUAACUUUACUACCUAGAAAUGUUUUUUCCCUCACAAAUACAGGAAAUAGACAUAAACAAAAAGUCUCCUCCAUGACAAAAACCCGGUUGUAGUUAUUAUGAUGAAAGUCAUUACCAGGAAAUCCAAAUGAAAGAAGAACCACUUCAAUGAACUAUUUUUGUCAGUGUUUGAAAAUAUUGACAUGAUUUUCAUCUACCACUCGGUUGAUAAACCAUUAACAGUUUCAAUGUAAGAGUAAAUUUUUAUCAAUGUUAUCCAUGGAGAAGAUCUCCUCUGUGUACUGUGUGUUGUUGCUGAUAGUCUUCAUUGUCUGUCAGGCGAGUCCUGUUCACACGCAGAAGAAUGUAAGUUGUUUCUCAUUUAUUCAUACCAAUAAAAAUAGUCCCAUGACGUUAGAGGAUACUUGUUUUGAAAUCAUCGACAACAGAGUAAACACUAUGUAUACAGGUAUAUUCUUCUUUGUGAGCAAUUCUUCAUGCAAAUAUCACAACAUGCAAUUGGAAGAAAUUAGAAAGUAUAUUAUCCACGAUGACCACAAGCGGCCAUUGUGUAGAACAACGAUGACAAUGUCCAUCGAUAUAACACAAUGCACAAAAACCAUUGCGAUGUUACAACAUUCCUGCAAAGAAUCAAAUAAAUCAAUUUAUUUUCAAAAUUGUUUGCCUGUCAACUGUCCAAGUACCAAUGAGAACACAAUUAAUGAGACUGAAGCGAUAAUUAUGUCCAAAUUUCCCAAACCAAAGAUGGGCAAUAUUGGACAAGGUGUUUACGAAAUUCCUACAUCUGAUUGCAACAUGAAACAAUGUAAACUUGACAACUGCUUUACUGAAGAAAUGAAGAAAAGGAUUCCGAAGAAUGGUACUGAAUCAAGAAUAAAUAACACAGAAACAUCAAGACUAUUUAAGACGUGUACACUUUUCGCCAUUGGAAGUGCGGGUGGCGGACUGUUGGUUGGAAUUUUAUCCACAUCCAUUGCAUGCCUCCUUGUGAAGAAGUGUAAAGGACACUGCAGAAAUGUGGACGAUGUAUCCGUUUCCACUCAAAAUGUUCUCCUAUUAACUGAGACGGAACGGAAAUCAUCGAUUCACUCAAAAGAGGGAGAACCUGUGUAUCAUGACAUCACCAACAUCCCGGGUCACUUAAAAGCUAAAGCUAUUGUACAUAGCGUCAGCAAUGCAUUAUCUGACGAUCAUCCUGAGCAGCGUUAUAGUGAAAGUCCAAAAAGUAGUUCAAGUGUGUAAGAGAACGGUAGUAUAUCAUCACAACUAUCACCAAAGAAUGCGGAAAGGGGAUCUAAAGAAUCAGUGAAUGGUGAAAACUCUCAGGUUUAUCACACCUUGAACAGGGAUUAUAAGGACAAUUCUAUGAAUCUGGACCUUUUCAGUUGUGUAAUGAAAGUUGAGAAAGAUCCCGAAAGCUAUAAGACGUUAGAAACAGUUCUGGAUACUAAGAGUAAACACUAUUCAACAUACGAAAGUCCUGUCCAAAUGAGUAAAAUCAAAAGAAUUCAAAAUGAAAAAGCUGAAUCAAUUGAUUUGUUUGAUGAAAGAGUGGAGAAAUUGCAAGAAGUAAAAAUCAUUUUAGAAGAUUCACCCCAGGUGUACCACACUCUUCAGAAGGAGGAGGGUUGUGAUGCCGAGAAAAUGGUCACGUACACAGACAGCGAUCACGACAUUCAUGAUCAGUCAAAUGAUUCAAAUAGUACUGUUUCUCAAAUGCAAUUUCAAUAACGUCUGUUACGAACCAGACAAAUCCUCUCACUGAUUUAUUAUGCCGUCUGAGAUUACAAGAAUUCAUUCAUCCAUGAAAAUUGUGUAAUGUAUCACAUGUACCACAAAUGUGAUACAAUACACGAUUUUCUUGUAUUAGUAAAUUUUGGCAGCAAAAAUAUCAGUAAUUAUCAGCAUUCACAACACAAUAACAGUGAUUAUUAACAAUUAUCAGCAAAAAAUGACACUGUCCGUACAUUUUCCAUCCAGCAGUGUAAAUGGAUACACAGGGAUUCAUGGACACUACUACAGAAGUAAAUGCAAUUUGUAUUUCAUUUAUCUUUUAUUUGAUUUUGUUUUGUUGAUGCUCAAUCUUUAAUGUACAAUAUUGGUUAUAUAUGUCUUUAUAUUUUGACAAUGCAUUAAACAUUGUAUCCCA